AUGUUGUGCCAGGACAAUGAGAAAGGGGUGAAUGGAGAGACGAGAGAGGAGGACAACGGAGCAGAGGAGAAGAGGGCGGAGGAGGAAAGGAGAAAGACAGAGGGGCGGAAAGUGGUGCGGAUGCUGCAGGGGAGGAGGUGGACAUGGAAGGACUUUUGGGAGAAGAUUGAUGAUGAGAUCGACUCUCUCUUGCUUCCCCGCCUCUGCCCACCUCUCAACUGCCACUCCCCACUAAAGGCCCCUCCGCCUCUGCACUUCCCCCCACCCUUUCAGCCUCCUUCUACCAUGCCUCGUCCUCUCACACCUCUGAACAACGCCUCCUUCCAACGCCCUUCCUUCGUUUCCUCAUCCCCCUGCGGCACUCGUCCCCAACCCCAUUGCCACCCCACUGCAAUUGCUGCAUGUCCCUCUCUGGCUGCACGCAACGUGAACCUCUUGCACUCCGCACACACUUCCGCCCCUACAGACCCUCACACACUGACACCCACCACACACUCCGGCACCCACCACUGCUGGAGAUAA